GGAAUUAAUCAAAAAUAGAGAGAAAGAAAGAAAGAGAAAAAUUGGUGGGAAUGGAAAAACAAGAAGAGAUACGAGGGCAAGUAUUGGUAAUUCCAAUCCCAGUGCAAGGGCAUAUGAACCCGAUGAUACAGUUUUCAAAGCGGCUAGUUACAAGGUGCAAGGGGCUCAAAGUCACACUGGUUGCUGCCUUUAUUGACCCAGAGAUUGUGCUGAACAUGAUGCAACCUCCUCAUGAUCAUCAUGAAGAAGAAGAAGCAGAAGCAGGAGUAGCACCCUCUAAAUCUAAUUAUAUCACCCUCCACACCAUUCCUUUCGAACCCUCGGAAGAUGGCACCGACCCCACCACCAGUGUGGGUACAUAUUUCACUCACUUCCAAAAAGUAGUGUCCCUCCGAUUAGCGCAGCUCUUGCAAAGACAACAAUUUACAUGUGUUAUCUACGACUCCCUUAUGCCAUGGGCUCUUGACGUUGCCAAACAGCAAGGCCUAUUUGCAGCCUGUUUCUUCACCCAGUCCAACGCUGUUAAUGCCAUUUACUACAACGUCCAUGAAGGCCUCCUUAAAGUUCCACUGGUUGAUCCGCUUGUACCUCUGGUCGGCCUCCCACCUCUUGAGGUUACCGACCUCCCAUCUUUCGUUUAUGAUUCACUAUCAUACCCUUCCUCCUUAGGACAUGCGGUUGCUCAGUUUUCCAAUUUCAGACGAGCUGAUUGCAUCUUUGUCAACACCUUCGAUAGCUUGGAGGAGGAGGUGGCAAAAUGGAUGGCGAGCCAGGAGGAGUGGCCAGUGAUCAGGAAUAUAGGACCCACCAUUCCAUCGGUCUACUUAGAUAAGAGGUUAAAGGACGACAAGGAUUACGGGGUCUGCUUCUUUAAGGCUGAAGUGGAGACUUGCAGGAAGUGGCUAGACACCAAGGAAAAAGACUCGGUAGUUUACGUGUCGUUGGGAAGCUUGGCAGCACUGCGAGAGGAGCAAAUGCAAGAACUAGCGUGGGGGCUGAAAAGGAGCAACAGGCACUUCUUGUGGGUAGUCAGAGAAGAGGAGUUCAAAAAGCUUCCUCCCGACUUCCUAAAAGAGACGGUGGAUAAAGGCCUGAUUGUGAAAUGGUGCCGUCAGUUGGAAGUUUUGGGUCACAGAGGGGUGGGGUGUUUCCUCACUCAUUGCGGUUGGAACUCCACCCUGGAAGCCCUGAGUUUGGGAGUGCCGAUGGUGGCCAUCCCACAGUGGACCGAUCAAACCACCAACGCCAAGUUCGUCAUGGAUGUGUGGCGGGUUGGGAUAAGGGUGGAGGUGGACUCUAACGGAUUCUUCACCAGGCAAGAGGUAGAGAAAUGCAUAAGGGAUGUCAUGGAAGGGGAUAGAGGCUUAGAGAUCAAAACCAACUCUUCCAAAUGGAUGAAACUAGCUAUACAAGCUGUAGACGAAGGUGGAACCUCUGAUAACAACAUUCAACAAUUUGUUCAACAACUUGCUUCUACCAUUCGCAAUAUCUGAUAUGUAUGUCAAGGAAGGGUCUAUCUUUUGUAUGCGUGUGUGUGCAUAAAUAUGCAUGUUUAUUUAUUAUGAGAUGCAAUUAUCUCCAAGACACAAGCAUUAUAUAUAUGCUUCUUGUUCAUAAUUUUUAAAACCGCCUUGUGCAUGUUUCCAACAGUAGUAAUUACGGUACUAUAACAAUCCAAGAAAACAAAAUUGGGAUCCUUUUUCAUGAAUCUUAUUUCUCA